AUGGUCAAAUAUAAGGAAACAUGGAGAUUGGCGCUAUACACAGUGGAGCAAGGUCUUAUAUUUACGUUUUCGUCCACAGAUGGCGCGCUCCGCAGCGAGGUAGAACUGCGCGGGCGCGGCACCGAGCCAGCGUUUCUCCACGAGUUGCACUCGACGCUGGCUCCGCCCGCCGCGCCCGACCACCACUGGCACCUCACUCUUAUCCUCAUCAUCAAGGCCGUCAUCUUCAGCACCAUCAUCCUUGGCGCCCUCUUCGGCAACGCCCUCGUCAUCAUAUCAGUCCAUCGACAUCGCAAGCUCCGCGUCCUCACCAACUACUACGUCGUCAGUUUGGCCGUCGCUGACAUGCUGGUUGCGCUGUGCGCGAUGACGUUCAACGCCAGCGCUGAGCUCACCGGUGUUUGGCUGUUCGGACCUUUAGUCUGUGAUAUGUUUAACUCGUUUGACGUUUACUUCUCAACCGCUUCCAUAUUGCAUUUAUGCUGCAUAUCAGUAGAUCGCUAUUACGCUAUAGUGAGACCUUUGGAGUAUCCAGUCACGAUGACACAUAGAACAGUAUGUUUUAUGCUCGCUAAUGUCUGGGUAUGGCCAGCAUUGAUAAGCUUCGUCCCAAUUUUCAUGGGCUGGUAUACGACGGAACAAGAUCGUCAGUAUAGAAGAGCGAACCCUGACGUGUGCAUUUUUAAAGCAAACAUGAUAUAUGCUAUGGUAUCCUCAAGCAUAUCUUUCUGGAUACCAAGUUUAGUAAUGAUAUCAAUGUACUGUAGGAUCUUUCGAGAAGCGAUAAGACAAAGAGAAGCGCUGACGCGCACGUCGUCAAAUAUACUUCUAAAUUCAGUCCAUUUAAGGCAUACGUCGCAUGCAGCGCAUCAUUCGCACUACUUGCAUCCAGACAGACGUCCGUCAGACAUCAGUCCAAACUACAGUACGUUUACUGAAUGUCCUGAAGAGACAGAGUUUGGGGAAGCAGUGAUGACUGUCGGAGAUGUGUGUACGAGUAAAGAAGCAAGUCCGAGGAAGUCUUUUAACGUGAGCUGUGACACGGCGAGCUCGGGGUACUGUUCUGGAGGGUCUAACAAGAGGUCGUCGAGUGGACAGCCUCCUGCAGGGUGGAGACCGAGCUGUUCUUCGGCUGUUGCGUCGAAGGAGCUUGCCAAGGCUGCUACGGAGCUCAAUUCACAAGGUAAUUUUUUUAACUUAUUCAUUUUCAUUUACCACAGAAAGCUGUCUGAUCAGGUCAGAUCACGAACUGGUGAUCUGACCUCUUAG